GUUUUAUUUUCCCCAAUGUUAGAUUUCAACACAACUUCAAGAUUUAAUGCUAUUGCAUGAAGGUGAACGAAUCCCAGCUCAUGAAGAAUGAAUUCAUUACAUGAUCUAAAUAGUUGGUAGGGAGUCAAGUAUUAUUUUCCUGUGUUUUAUCUAACAAUGCGGCCUAGCUUAUCAGGUUUUAAAGAAUUCACGAUCAAUGAUGAGAUAGAACAGAAAAAAUAAGAAGGAAAAUCUCGGGUAAAAUGGCGACCACAUUGUCUCAGAGACCGUGUUCAUGGUUAUUGAAAGUAACUUAAAACAGGCUUUCGUUAUAGUGCUCUUGAUGGGUCAAAUUGUGGUUUUCAUUCAAACGGAUUUUUUAUAUUCAGUGCUACCUGUAAUAUAACUGUUUAGUUUCUCGUUGAAAGCGAAAUGAAAUUGCCAUUAAAACACUGAUUCUUUUUACACACUCGAAUUUGAAAGACGAACAAUUGAAACAAAAUUUUGUUAGAUCUUUAUUCAGAUGGCUCAAGGUGCCAUAUAAACAUUGGAUUAAUAAUUUAUAGUCAUUGGCUUGUUCAUGUCGUUCGCUUCUGUGCAUUCAUUUCUUUCCAACAUCUUUCAUUCCUUAGCUACUCAAGGUGUUUUAAAGGAACAUGGGGCACACGCUUAGAGAGAACUACAACUUUUAUUCGUGCUCUUAACGUCAGUUCACAUUUUUUUUACAAAUUCUAGCUUCUUAAAAAGGAAAUUGCUGUAAGGAAUCUUAAACUGCAUCUUUCUAAGUUUAUUACUUUGGUGUUGCAAGACAUUACUUGUUGAUAACAAUCAUAUGUUCGGGGGGUUGCUUGAAUAUGCCUUCUUUUAUGUCUUUGGCGUGUUGCCAAUUCAAAUUUACUAUUUUGGCAUUUGUUAGAUAAUGUUCGGGGUAGGGGAUUUGGAGAUAUUUUGUCCAGUGUAGCAAUAUUCUACGUAUGUAAAAUGACCCCCGAAGAGAUGGGGGCUGGAAAACAAUGAAUUGCUAAGAGGUCUGGGGCGAGCAUUGUUCUCUGGCCUAGCGAUUGUUUUCAAAUGAGGAGAAGCUGGAAAAUCGAUAGAAUGGAGAUACAGCAAAGUUAAAUAACUUGUUCCGUCUGUUCAUGCGUUACGGCAAACUGCACCAAGGGAAUUCAAACUAUUCUGUUUACUUUGUUUAAAUUUUUUGGUUCUGUAACCAGGCAGUGCGAGAAAGGUCAUGGUAAAUUAUGCUUGAAUUUGGCCUAGUGUGCCUAGGCCCUGUGAUAGGCAAGUGGAAGUUCGAUUAAAUUUGAAGCAAAGAAGCUAAGGAAUACAUUUUGAGGGACCUCACUUCGUAAAAGAGAAAGCUUUGUUUGUGAAUGAGAAAUCAGAUGAUACGGUGUAUGGUGGAAGCGAUUGUCACAAAGACCCAAAGUAGAUAAUGAUGUUAAAAUUAUAAAUUCAAACAUGAUUUUGGUAUUGCAUGCCUGGUAAGUUGAUGUAACUCAUUCUAAAUCUAAACGAAGUGGUGUAAUAAGUUGCAUCAACUUAUCAAAAAGUUUGAAAAAGAAGAAGAUGUUUGUUGAGAUCAUUUCAUGCACUGUCAGCUCCCGGAAAUUAACCGUAUGUUGCCAGUUUGACAGUUAGUAAACACUGCUGAAACUUGAUCGCUUACCGAAGAUAUUGUCAAAAGUUAAUAUUAACACGAUGUCUGGCGAUACAAGAAGUUGUUCGCCGAACCAAGCAACAUCUCCCAGCAAAAUCAUCGACAGAAAAUCGUCAAUUAAAGAUAUUCCGAAGACAGCUGUGCAUGGAAACCUCCAAGGGUUGCAGAAAGAUGACCUAGUCAACCUGCUUUGUAUGUUGGAGGCCGAGGUACAAGCCAGAGAUCUGAUUAUCAGUGCAAUUAUGAAAGGUGAUAUUGGCAGUGCAUUGCCAUUGUCACAUUUACUUGGGGAUGGGCAACUUUCCUCACUGAUCAAAGGUAAUGAUUUGCAAAAUGAUGAUGAUGAUGUCUGGCUUGGUGAACCAACAGCCCAUUUAAAUCAUGUUGUUGCCUAUCAUCAGCUUGUUAGAGAGCAAAUGCAAGCAAUGCUGCAAGAUCAACAUAAAACAAUUUUACGUCAGUUGGAAGAGGAGAGACAGAUACAUGCAAUUGACACAGCGCAAGGUGACCAAGUCACCUACAUGCUUGAAAAAGAUAGAGAAAGGCUAACAAAUGAGAUUGAAUUUCAACAGAGUAAACUCUCGAAGGCUGAAAAAGAGAGGGACAAACUCGUGAUCACGCUGGAGAAGGUUCGAGAGGAGCAACAAAACGAAUUUAAUCUUUUGGUUAACGAUUGUAAAAUGUUUGCGAAGCAAAUUGUAGAGCAGGCCCAGAAAGAAGAACAAUUGCAAAAGGAUAUUGAACAAGAGAAGAGGAAAAAUCGUGUACUUUCAGAACUGAUGGUCGAGGAGCAAAAGAAAUUUAAGGAAUGGCUAAGAAAGAUUGACGAUGAAAGAGCAGGACAUAUUUCAUUAGAAAAAGAUCGGAUAGAUUUAGAGCAAAAACUUUUAGAUUCGGAGAAGCGUGCCAAGGAAGCACACCAAAAAUAUUUGCAGGAAAGUCAUCGAGUGAAACAAUUAGAAAUUGAAUUAAAGCAAUUAAGACUUAGACUUUCAUCAGAGGAUUCUUUCGAGUCAGGUGAAAAUAGUGACGAAUUAGUGGAAUGUUCCAAACCAUCCUUACCGCAAGUCGCCAAUGCAAAAAUAAAACAAAUGAACACCAUAAGUACGAAGACAGCGUCGCAUAUAUCUCUUGAGACACUUAGCUCGACAUUGAAAGCUAAGCAAGGAUCUGCGCAGGAGACUCACAAAGUACCUAACGUAGAAAGUCCUUCGUCUUCUCCAAAAAUAAUCCGGCCCGCUAUGUCACAGCAAUCACAAGAACAAUCGCCAGAAUUGAAAAACAAAAAGAUACCACCUCCUACUCCACCACGUGUAUCUUCAAUUACUUCUAAAAGUGUCCGGGUUUUAUCCUCGGAUUCCGACUCAAGUACUGAUUCGUCAACCGGAAAUUUUGUUCGUAGUUAUUCGGUCGGUGCAUCGUCUGAUGUAUCAGUAGGGACUAUUGAAAGAAGGCAACCUGUCAUGGGAUCUCCAGAUUCCUGCACCCUACUCAUUGCAGUUGCCGCAGGUUAUGGCUGGGGCUUUUCUGAUGCAGAUGGUUUGGUGAUGUCUGAUAGUAUUCUAGACUUCAUUGGUGAAUUGCGGCUACAAAACGAAAGUGAAUGGAUCUCAGUUACAGAGGCCGUGAAAAAAAUUUUCUUGGAUAAGGUUCCUUGGAGAGCGUCUAGAGGUCUGAGCACGAGUAAUGCUGCGAUUUUCCAGUCAAGCGUCAGUCGAUUUGAGCUAGGAUCUGUUGCCUGGACGCCUACAGGGUUUCCUGCAGGUAUCACGCCUUGGACAGCAGCAUGGCAAGAUAGAUCGAAACCUUACCUGACCAUUCGUCUCAAAGAUGAAACAACUUCAACAUUUGAUUCAGUGGCAUACUCUACGUCUUUAGAAAAUACGUCUUUACAAGAAUAUUGCAGAUUGAUUAAGCGGUACAGGAAUGUGCUGUUCAUGACUGACGACACGAUAGAGGCUAAGCAUUUCAUUUCCUGCUUCUCCCAUUGGCUCAAG